AUGUACGAUUUGGUAUUCUCUUCUCCCAACCGAGAUCCCACCAUUCGUCAUGCUGGAAGAGCUCAUAUUCGAGGGCAAUUCCGUCGCAUUUGGAGGCCCCGAUAUUUGGAAUUGUUGGACAAUGGGAUGAUUCGCUAUUACGAAUUACCUUCCACUGCUGACGUGACGUUACCGGAAGAUUCCGAUUUGGAUCAUGUGAAUAUGAUUCCCAAAGACACCUUGCUCAUUUACCACGCUCGGAUUAUUGAUGUCACUACGUUACGGGAUUUGCAUGUGGGAUUACCGGGAGGUUCCUUUGGAUUUCUCUUUCGAGGACAGCGGUCUUUGACACAAGAACUCAUGGUCAAAUCGACCGAGCCCAAUCCACCCCGGGAUUUCUUUUGUGCAGUGAGUACGUUAGAUGAAGCUCAGACGUGGGUUGUGGCACUCCAAUGGGCAGCGACAAUGUGUCAAAGAGUACGACGGUCCAUGUCAUCAGGAUCAAGCGGCGGUUCCAAUUGUGUGGUAGAACAACCAGGUGGUGUUGGUGGUGUUGGUGGGAAUCGAAGCAAACAACAACAACAACAACAACACCAACACCAACGAUUGCUGGCAUCCGCAUCAUUAUCACCAUCCGUCAAGGUCAACCGAAAGGUCGUGAUAUCACCGGACAACAGGAGCAGUAGCAUUGAUGAUGACAUUACAAUCAUUGAGCAUGGAGAAUCUUCUUCGGUCGGUGAAGCGCCACCAAUCGAAAGACCCAAAAAGAAAAAGGGUCGGAUCAUUGUCACCAAAGUGCUUUGGUAUCGCAUUACCAAAUCCAAAUCAUCACAUUCUUUACAAUGGGAAAUCUCCUAUGAAAUUGCGUUGUUGCUAUUGCAACCUCCCCGAGUGGAAGAACGACGAGUAUUGAAAACGAAAUUAGAACUGAUACGAAUGCUACAGCAAAUGCAAGUGGUAUUGCAGCAGCAAGACCCCGAAGCCUUGAAAAUAUUGGAAUCCUUGAAAUCGACGCUGGCAAGCUUGCCUGAUUUUCACAAGGGUUGCAAACCAAAAGAAGUCACGCAAAGUAUACCCAAGGUGGACAAGAUAUUGAGGGCGUGUUCUAUGAAUGCCUCGAUUGUCAAUACCAAAGCUUUCAAAUCGGCCUUUUUGCUGGAUGCUAAUAAUACAUGUGACGAUCUGCGGAUACAGGAACCUACCUGGUGGAAAGUGCCUUUGACCAUAGCCUUUCGAAAAGUACGAUCGAUCCGGGCCGAUGUCAAUACGGACGAAUUUGUCAAGCAAUGGCUCCAACACACGGCCAAGCAACAACAACAACCGCCGCAAAAACAUAUCAAGGCUCUAUGGCUGUUACAGUAUCCAUGGAUGGUCAUGGGCGGGGCUGGAAUUGGACUCGUGUCGUUAUAUCCAUUCUUUCAGGUAUAUCAACAGAAUAUUCCCUCUGUGCAAAUACGAGUGGAUGUCUUGGCCUUGACGUGGAUGGCGGCAGCAUGGGCGGGCAAGGAAUAUUAUUACAAUGAUCGAAGCAGUCGUCCAAGACCUUCCGCCGCCAAACGCAUCAGCAGUACUACUUCGACGAUGAAGCCAACAACACUUGCAGGCCUGCAUCGGGCACCCUCAACCACUUCUGCUUCGACCGAACUACAAGUGGACGAUUCUGACAACGAAUCCACCGAUGGGGAAGACAUUAUCGACGAGACUUUCGACGCCAGUAUACACGAAGAUUUGGAUACACUGACUUCGCCUUUGGCCCAAUAUCCAUCCAAUGGAGGCGAGUCGUGCUGGUCGGUCCCCUCGGACAAUAGCAUUUUCCGGGUACGGGGACCCAAUUACUUGCAAGAUAAGGUCAAGAUUCCUUCGGGACAAGCUCCCUUUGAAUGCCGAGGAGUCGAUUUGUGGUUGGCGGAUAAUCCUCUACGACAUAUUGCCCGGCAUCCCAAUGUCAUGGGAGGCAAGUUGGGUGAAGAAGAUACCUUUUUGGUAAACUUUUUGUUACCCUUUGGCAACUUUGUGGCAUACUUUACGGUACCACCGCUGGAUCAAUUUCCGGGGACACUGGCGUCUGUUUGGUGCAAGUUUGUCAAGGGAGAUCAGCAAUAUCGGGACGCCCGUCUGAAGUUGCUUCCCAUUGUCAUGGAAGGGCCAUGGAUUGUCAAGGCGGCCGUUGGCAAUGGAACGGCGCCAGCACUGUUGGGCAAAGUGAUUCCCCUCCAAUACUAUUUUCAAGAGCGCGCUGAAAAACAAAAGGCUGUUUAUGAGGUGGAUGUUAUCAUUACUGCUUCCAGUAUUGCCAAGGGUAUUUUGAGUGUCGUGAAGGGCCAUACCAAAUCCUUGUCGAUUGCCUUUGCCUUUAUCAUUGAAGCUGCCGAGCAGGAUGAGUUGCCAGAGACCGCGCUGUGCUCCUUUCAAAUACACAAGCUCAACGUGGAACAUUGUCCUCAUUUACCCGAGUGUGAUUUGGAUUGA